AUGGCGUCCAAAGUAGAUACUCUGGAGUGUGUUGAAUAUGAUCCCCACCCUGUCCCACACGAGUGGUUCCAGACAGGAGCUCUCUUCAUUGGUGAAAUUGCUUCUCUGGUAGUUUAUCAUCCAAAUGAGUUUUCCUUCAAAGAAGAUCCUUAUCAGAAUAUGUUUGAUGUUCCAGAAACGGUGACAAAAUUCUACCAGCACAUCCUUGCCUUGGCAUUUGCUGUGAACGAAAUCAACGAAAACCCUAAGAUCCUACCCAAUGUCACACUUGGAUUCCAUAUCUAUGAUAGCUACUAUGAUGCAAGGAUGACUUAUCGUACCACUUUGGAGGUGCUCUUCAGAUCACACAGAUUUGUCCCCAACUACCAGUGUGACAGACAGAAAAACCUCAUGGCUAUCAUAGGGGCACUUGGCUCUGAGACCUCUAACUUUAUGGCAGAUAUUAUAAGUUCCUAUAAGGUUCCGCAGCUCACAUAUGGCUCAUUUGCCCCACAAGAGAAUCAUAUCACACAAAAGCCAUCCUUUUUUCGUCUGGUGCCAAAUGAAACCCAGCUGUAUAUGGGGAUUAUCCGGUUACUCCAAUAUUUCAAAUGGACAUGGGUUGGGCUUCUUCUGGUUGAUAAUAGCAGUGGCGAACAUUUCUUGCAGACGCUGGAACAAUUGUUUUCCCAAUAUGGGAUCUGUUCAGCAUUCAUAGAAAGAAUACCACAAAUAGCUCACUGGGAUAACUUGGAGGAACUUGGUAAUAUAGCCAGAAAUGUUUGUUUAUAUUUCAAGGAUAAGAAAGUGAUUACAUUUAUUAUAUAUGGAGAAUUAUUGACUAUACCAUGGCUGAGAACUAUUAUAUUUAUACGAGACACUGGAAAUGAGAAGAACACACCACUCAAAAAGGUGUGGAUUAUGACAACCCAGGUAGAUUUACUAUUAACUGGCCAUCAAAAGGGCUGGGGGCUCCAGAUGUUCCAAGGUGCAAUUUUAUUUACAAUCCACUCCAAAGAGAUUGUGGGGUUUAGAGAAUUUAUUCAGACCAUGAAACCUUAUGGGCCACAGACAGAUGGUUUUCUGAAGGACUUUUGGGAGGAAGCUUUUGACUGUGUGCUUCCUAACCCCAAUGUGGCAAUGGAUGUUGACCAAACAUGUACUGGAGAGGAGAGUCUGGAGAGUCUUUCUGGGCCACACUUUGAGCUCCUCAUGACUGGCCAUAGUUAUAGUAUCUAUAAUGGUGUUUAUGCCGUGGCUCAUUCUUUGCACGUUAUGGGCUUGUCUCGAUCCAAGCAGAGAGCCAAUGAGAAAGGUUUCAGUACUGAUCUUCAAGAUGUUCAGCCUUGGCAGAGAGUGAAAGUUGGUUGGAUUGACCCAGAUGUUCCUGAAGGAGAAGAACUCAUCAUUCAUGAAGAUAUAAUUGUUUGGCACAGUGGUUUCAACCAGGUGAUGCCCAUUUCUUUGUGCAAUGACUACUGCCACCCUGGUAACCAGAAGAAAAGGAAGGAAGGGGAGAAGUUUUGCUGCUAUGAUUGCACUCCAUGUCCAGAAAGGAAGAUUUCCAAUCAGCUGGAUAUGGAUGUCUGUUUCACAUGCCCAGAAGAUCAAUUUCCAAGUAAGGAGAAAGAUGAAUGUUUGCCUAAAAUCAUAAACUUUCUUUCUUAUGAAGAACCUUUAGGAAUCACUUUAGCCUUCGUUGCUGUUUCUCUUUCCAUUAACGCAGCCUUGGUGUUAGCAGUUUUCAUUAAGCACAAGGAUACACCCAUUGUCAAAGCCAACAACCGAGGCCUCACCUAUACCCUCCUCAUCUCCCUCCUGCUCUGCUUCCUCUCUUCAUUGCUUUUCCUCGGCAAACCUGGCAAAGUGACCUGCCUUCUCCGACAAACAGUGUUUGGCAUCAUCUUCUCAGUGGCUGUUUCUUGUGUAUUGGCCAAAACCAUCACUGUAGUGAUAGCUUUCAUGGCCACAAAGCCAGGAUCCAGCAUGAGGAAGUGGAUGGGGAGAAGACAGGGACAGUCUGUUGUUCUUUCCUGUUCCCUCAUUCAAGCAAGUAUUUGUACCUUGUGGUUGGCAACCUCUCCGCCAUUCCCUGAUUUAGACAUGCGCUCGGUAACUGGAGAAAUCCUUGUGCAAUGUAAUGAAGGGUCAGUCACCAUGUUUUACUGUGUCUUGGGCUACAUGGGCUUCUUGGCCGUUUCCAGCUUCACUGUGGCAUUCCUAGCCCGCAAGUUACCAGAUAGUUUUAAUGAAGCCAAGUUCAUUACAUUCAGCAUGUUGGUCUUUUGCAGCGUGUGGUUGUCCUUUGUUCCAACCUACCUGAGUACAAGAGGGAAAUACAUGGUAGCUGUGGAGAUUUUCUCCAUCUUAGCCUCCAGUGCUGGGUUACUGGGCUGCAUCUUCACCCCUAAAUGUUACAUCAUUGUGUUUAGGCCCCAACAGAACAAGAGAGAACAACUAAUUAGGAGAAUGUUUUAA